AUGACGGUCUCAGCAGUCAGCCAAUACGGUCCUAUUACAACAAGUGGCCCGGGCAUAUCGUAUUUGCGGCCAGAGCUUCGAGACCUAAAGAUCAUUGGGGUAGAAGAACAUGUGUCAUUCCCAGCGCUGUCGCAUAAAAUCCCCAGCGAGGGCGGAGCAAAGCAUGCCAAGGAACAGUUUGGACUGCUGGUGGGGCAUGAUGCCAUGUCCUAUGCGGCUGGACGUGUGGCCGAUCUUGGAAAACAAAGACUGGCCGACAUGGACGAAAGCACCGUUGCGAUGCAAGUUCUCAGUCUAGCUGGACCAGUCAACAGCAUGUAUCUGGAUACAGAGCAAGCAAUAGCAUUCGCGCGCGAAAUCAAUGACGGGUUGAAGAAGGGCGUCGACGCGAAUCCAAAACGGUUCGUCGCACUUGCUGAAUUACCGGCACAUGUGCCCGACGCCGCGAUCCAAGAGCUGCGCCGUUGCGUCAAGGAUUUAGGCUUCGUUGGGGCAAUGGUGUCCGGAUCUAUAAGUGGCACAGGCAAGUUCUUGGACGCGCCUGAGUUUGACACGCUGCUGUCUGAGUUCGAGAAGCUCGACGUACCUUUAUAUCUUCACCCGGGGAUUGCGCCGAAGCCGAUAACAGACACAUAUUACGACUUCCCAGACAACCCAAAACUCUCCGCGACUUUGGGGGGCAUGGGCUGGGGGUGGCACAACGAAGUGGCAAUUCACGUGCUUCGGCUAGCGGUCUCGGGUGCUUUGGACAGACACCCUCGGCUAAAGGUUGUGGUAGGGCACCAGGGAGAGAUGCUACCGAUGAUGAUCCAAAGGUUUGACGCUAUGUUCGACAAUCAGCUCUUCGGCCUGAGGAGAAGUGUUGGUGAGAUGCUCCGCAACCAAGUCUGGAUUGCCAUUUCGGGGCUAUUUUCUUUACCGCCGACACAAAUUGCGAUUCAGACCUGGGGCGUGGAUAGAGUACUUUUUGCGAACGACUACCCAUUUAUCGAUGCACAGCGAGUGCCGGCAUUUAUCACAGCUCUGGGGGAUAUCCUCGCGCCUUCCGACAUGCGAAAGAUCUGUCAAACUAAUGCGGAGGAUCUCUUCAAGAUCAAAGCAUGA